ACUCCUGCCUAAUAUGGAAUUCGCAGGGAAGCCAAUGAUUUCCUGACACUGACGAUGCGUAGCCGCGUAGGGGCGAAUGUGGAAAGCUGCUAGGAGUAUGAAGGAAUUAAACCGGAGCCGCGGCCACUGUUUUACAAACGGUCUCGUCGUCGGAUCAGGAAAAUGUAGAACAUCGGAAUGCGAGUUGUAGGAGUUAUCGUGAGUUUUCGUCAAACUGCUGUCGAUGGCGAGGGAUUGUUUUGGAAGCGCGAGCUGAAGCGUGGGUCACCUACUUGACGGAUUUGCCCGCGCGCCGUGCCACACUACAACUCGAGCGUUUCAACGGGUCGCACGAAGCCUAACGUCUUAAAGGGCGAUAUUUGUGGUCGACAGAAGACUUGACCACCUGUGGAGGGAUACGGUUUCUGGACUUGCCCAACUAUCAUGCCUGCCCUCGGCUCGAAAAGUAGGCAGAACGCAGUGGAAGCGGCUGAGGAUGGAGGCGGUAACGGCGAACCUCUCGAUACCGCGGCCAAAAAGAUGUUGAAAUGUGUUGUGGUCGGCGAUGGAGCUGUGGGCAAAACCUGUUUGCUCAUGAGUUACGCAAACGAUGCUUUCCCCGAGGAAUAUGUGCCGACGGUGUUCGAUCACUACGCAGUGAAUGUAACGGUAUCUGGGAGGCAGCACUUACUGGGAUUGUACGAUACUGCUGGACAAGAGGACUACAACCAGCUGCGGCCCCUCUCCUACCCCAACACAGACGUCUUUCUCAUCUGCUUCUCUGUCGUGAAUCCAGCUUCCUAUCACAAUGUGCAGGAGGAAUGGGUACCUGAGCUCAAAUCCUGCAUGCCUCAUGUGCCCUACAUCCUCAUCGGGACACAGAUUGACUUGCGAGAUGACCCAAAGACACUGGCACGUCUGCUUCAGAUGAAGGAGAAGCCACUCACCUAUGAGCAAGGCCUCAAACUAGCCAGAGAGAUUGGAGCCCAGUGCUAUCUGGAGUGUUCGGCGCUGACUCAGAAGGGACUAAAGACAGUAUUUGAUGAGGCCAUCCUGACAAUCUUCAGCCCAAAGAAACAAAAACGGGGCUGCGCGGCCUGCAGGAGCUGUUGUGCUAUCGUGUGAGGAUAAAACAUCUCCAACUGUGAACACCCACUCUUCUCCAAAGCUUUGGGCAGAGUAACAAACCCUAACCCGCCUCCAGUCUGCUGUACAUCCUUCCUUUCUCCAUCCGCCUGUUGUCCCGCAGGACAAUGAGCGGUCUUGCCCUCGGUUUGUAUGUCUUGUAGAGAGCUACACUGUCCAAAAAAGUGCCUUCAUUUUCCCCCCACGUUGCCUUACAGGAUUCGCUUCUCAAGCCAAAGAAGUCUCAGACGGGACUGCGGUUUCUUGAACCGACGUGGCGUGGCGUCGCCAAUUCACCAAUCGAAUUUCAGAUUCAGCUCUGAGCCAUUGGAUUUUUUUUUUUUUUAAACCGGCUAUAUUAUAUGGUUUCUCGAGGCUUAUGAAAAAAAAUGAAAAUCCAUUCCUGCGUACAAGCUGGUUUUCUCUCAGUCACCUCAAAUCAAUAUUGCGCUCUUUCUGGAGUCAAUGCUUCAGCAGUUCGAGCUAGUUAAUAAGGGAAAUUCUCUGGAGGAUGGCCAACUCAUCAAUAGAGGUAGAGCAGAUGGAAAGAGAGAGAGAGAGAGACAAGGAGGAAUGUAUCUUCCUUGGGUCAUUCAAAAUUUACAAAACUGAUAAACCGCUAAAUUACAGUACAUUAAAAUAAUGGUAUCCAUCAAAAAGAGUGACAAUCAAGCGCACUGUGUGGAGACUGAAGUCUGUCAGUGACAGGAUAAAGGGAAAUGCAUCUCGUGACAACAUUAUCCCAUGAAUCAUUUAUAUUUCCUUGUGUUUUUAAAACCAUGAAGUGUACUUAGUCACGUUUCUGUGAGCCUUCAGACCUUUAUCUCUAUAAAGUGUAGGUGUAGAACAAUGAUGCCAUAAAAUGGUGCUGUAAUUGUUAUAUUUUUCAUACGCAUUUACAUUCUGAUUUUUGAAGGGGUCUGUAUUCUCAAAUGACUCGGCCUACACACUUUUUAAAAAAUGUUCUCAUUUUCCUCUAUUAAAAACCAGCCAAUGGAGGACUAAAAGUAUGGAGGACUCUUUGUGCCGCUUAAAUUAAAAGGAAGAAAUCGAUCACUAAUGUAUUAUUUCAAAAAUUUAAAUGGCUAGAUAAAUCAUAGAUGAAUCAUGUUUCAAGUUAUGACAUAUUUUAAAAAGUUUUCGUAAAUGUAAAAAAUAAUAUAUUAAUAAAUCGCAAUCUAAGCUAGAAGUUAAUAUUGGAAAUACUUGGUAGCUGUCAUGCAGUUAAAUUCUACAGGAUUUCCACAUCAUUAACUUGUCCAUCUGGAAACAAAACCAUUGUGGCCAACUGUGACAUUUUCCCUGAAAGUUUGAGUUGGAACAGUUUCCGAAGGUGUGAUUUUAAACACAUCAAGGCUGUAAAAGCAAACUAUUGAGUAGCGUGACAUGUUUUCCUGUUUAGUGUGAUGGUGCCUAAUGUCCUUGAAAGCCUCUGUAGCCACUUGUUAGCAACCGCCAUUCUAAGUAAAAGCUUUAAAAAUGUCACGAAGGAGGGAUUAUUGGUGUAUUUUAUGUUUUAUAGUAACACAGGAAAAUAUUUCAAGCUCGUGCAGACCUUAUUUGAGUGAUUUAAACAAAAAACAUUUGGCUACAGAAAUACAUCCCCGCAGCACUGCAUUAGUGUGAUCAUUUUAGUUUACUUUCACAGUUUAAAUGUAAAGGGUCUACUUUUUUCAAAGUGAAAGGUAUUUUUUCUUUAUCUUGUCAUUUUAACUGAUAUAUUUUAUUAUCAUUUUUAUUUUAUUUUUAAGUGGCACUCAUAGUCCUCCACAUGAUCUGACGCUGUAAAAAAAAAAAAAAAUCACCCUAUCUCUAUUUCAGCAGAAGUACUCAUGUAUUUACAGUGGACCAGGCUUAUACAUUGUCUAACUUCUCAGUUUUGCCUCUGGCUGAAGCCACCCCCUCAUUUUCCCUUUUAAAGAUCAGCUCAAACACAAAUGGCUUUGUUCUUCAGACUUGUUUUUUCUCCUCAGGCAUGUAGCGUGGUCAUGCUGUAAACUGCACAGCUGAUAAUGGACUCUCAGCAGUCCCACCCUAAAUAUGCGGCAUCCUCAAAAUCCCUACUGCGUUUUGGUACAAAUAGAAAACAUAAAAACAUUGUGUUUAGCCCUUACCUUUUUGUUUUGGACAUGUGUUGAACAACGUAUAGGUUAACCAACAGUUCAUGCGUCCACACUUGCUUACCAGAAGCUGUCCUGUGAGUUUUUGUUGUUGUCAGACCACCAUGUUAUGGACACCAGAACUGGUAGCGAUUACUUCUGAUUGCUCUUCACUUCAGUCUUUCCUUAGCUUGACCUCAGGGACUUCUUUCCGGAGCCCGCAAGGCACUAGAGACCAUAUUCAGACUGAGGAAUCAAGCCUGCUCCACAGAGAGAAAGAAUGAGCCGACAUUCACUUGCCUUUAAUGUAGCAUAGAGUUUGUUUCUUCACUAGUUUAAGUGCACUUACGACACUGUGCCUUGCAUUGUACUAUGCAAUAGUUUAUAUACUGUAAUGUUAAUGAGAAGACCAGUUUUCAGUCGAUGGCUGAAAGAGCUAUAACUUGAACUCAGUCUCGAACUCAACCGUAAACUUAUAUUUAAUGUUUUUUUUUCCUUUAAAUGUCAUGAUUUAUAUGCUUAAGAAUCAUGGCCGCUCUCUUUGCCAAAACUAAAACGUGUUGUAAAUAAACGUUACACAGAGUGAAUAAAGCUUGUGACGAACUGUCUUUGAAAUAUUA